CAGGCAGCAGUAAGCCAAACCCAGAAUCACCCGACCCUACAGGUUUUCCGAACAGGUUUGUGAACUCGGGCGGGGCGCUCUCACACAAUUUUGAGCUUCUGCUGUGCUGGUCAUCGGACGGCGUUCUUGUGCUUCCCGGGCUGUAGUUACGCAUAACUUCCCUGUGCUGAAAAUGUUUCGCUGUGGCAUUGCGUACCCCCGGUGCAGGUGGAUAGCACCCCUUCUGUUGCUUUUUGCCAUUAUAUUUGAUAUAAUUGCUAUUGCGGCUACCUCUGGGUGGGUUGAGGACGAAGAUGCAAAGUCUCACUAUGCGAACAUGUGGAAGCACUGCCGAGGCCGAAACGACCACUGGGACUGCAAAUCUCUUAUGACAUUUUCUUGGGCCCAGGCAGUAGCAGCGCUGAUGAUCUUGGGUCUCAUCAUCCUCAUCGUGGCCUUCAUCAUCUCCUGCAUUGCCCUUUGCCGUACCGUCAACGUCACCCUGCUGCCUGUCAUCGGGAUCCUGCUCCUGAUAGCCGUGAUCCUGCAGGUGAUCGCCCUGAUCAUCUACCCUGUCAAAUUCAACGAGCUCAUCUUCGAGGGACACUACGACUACACCUGGGCCUACGGUUUCGGCUGGGGGGCCACGGUGAUGAUGAUCGGCUGCAUCAUCCUCUUCUGCUGCCUUCCGCGCUACGAGGACGAUAUGCUCGGCCUGGCCAAGACCAAGUACAUCUACAGCUCCGCCUAGAGGCCAGAGACGCGCACUGCGGCCUUCCCUGCGGACGCCGAGGACGGACCCUGGUCUCUGCGCACUUCAGCUGUUUUUGCAGAAGAGCCCCUUCCUGAUUCUCUCACAGUCUCGCUCUCUCACACUCACCGCUGAUUUUCUCUCUUCGGGUUCACCUAAGGGACGACUUUUAAAAAAUAAUUUUAAGGGAAAAGCCUUCAUUAAUGUUCACUGUCAGUUUGCAGAUUUUACUCUGAUACAUGUAGGCAACUCGGUAUGCCAGAAGACCAAGGGGGGAAGAAAGGAAAUGCAUGGGAUGGUUUUUCAGUAUUUGGUGUUCGCCUUCCAAACGGUUUUCAUUCUCUGUCUGAAUCCUUCCCUGGACCCUUGCUUUAAAGUGGGCUGUUGGGAAUAUCUUCCUCCAAAGUGCUCUUAAUGUCCUGUGUUCCCACUGCUCCGCAGGGAUUCUGUGUAAUCCCGUCUCUUAUCAAUGUUCAUCCGACUGCCUGGCUGUGAAAUGGAAAAGAAGUUUAUCAGCUUACUGUGUCUUACAAAGUAACACAAGCAGGUCACCGUUUCACAGAGUGAAAUUAUUUUGAACAAGCAAUGCAGAUGGAAAACUGUUGAAACUCGGAUUGUGUCUUAAUCUCCCUUUGUUCUUCUUACGGUUUGAUAUGAGUGUGUUUUUAAGCCCCAGUCAUGAAAUGAAAUGCUUUAUAUGCUUAAGCUCGUGGAUUUAAAAAAUGCUCUGUGUGUAUUCUCUCCUAAGCUGAGAAGUCAUUCAUGUGCCCUGAUCUCCAAUUGUAUUAGAGGACGCAAAGUACUCUUUGUUCAAACGGUGAAUGCAAACUUAACAGCAGACAACAAAUCUCUCUCUCUCUCUCUCUCUCUCUCUCUCUCUCUCUCUCUCUCUCUCUCUCUCUCUCUCUCUCUCUCUCU